UCUUGAUCAAUUACUAGGGUUUUUAAUUUGAGUCCCCAAAUGAAAGGAGGAAGGAAGAAUCUGAAGAGGGCGGUGGAGCAACAGAGCUUUACGCUCGAAGAUGGUCACUCUGUAAUGCAAGUGCUUUCUCUCCGCGGCUCCAAUCUCAUCGAGGUAAUGGAUGCAAAGGGAGAGAAAUCUUUGGCGCUGUUUCCGGCUAAGUUUUCAAAGAGCAUGUGGAUUAAACGAGGGAGUUAUGUUGUGGUUGAUGCAAGUGGGAAGGAGAAGGUUCUUGAAUCUGGCAGCAAGGUGGCAUGCAUUGUUUCGCAAGUUCUAUUUUACGAACAAGUACGAGUGCUGAAGAAAUCGCCAGACUGGCCAGAACUCUUCAAAUCCGAAGUUUCAGACGGAUGCGAUGGAAGUUUGCAGGGAGAUACCUCCCAAAAAGAAGACAAUGAGCUCGACGACUCAAGCGAUGAUGAUGGACUUCCUCCACUAGAGGCCAAUACAAACAGGAAUAAACCAGCUGACUGGAAAUCGGAUACAGAAUCGGAUUCCGAUUCAACAUAACUCAGAUUAGGACUUUGAGUUCAGAAACUGAUUCUUGAGUAGUUCUGCAGUGGAUGUAGAUGAAUCACCUGAAGUGAGGAUAACAGUUAAAAAAUUUAGUCCAGAAUUUUUGUUGGGUUGACUAUGUAUGUAACCUUGUAUUCCAAUACAAUACACAGAAUGUCUAAACUUUUAUGAUUGAAAUUUUGGAACUGGACUUUGGGCCUCGGUGUCGUA